AUGUCCUUUAAUGAGCAGCAGUGCACGCAGCCAUGUGUGCCCCCUCCAUGUCUUCAAAAGACCCAAGAGCCAUGCCAGGCAAAGGCUGAGGUGGUUUGCCUCCCCACAUGCCAGGACCCCAGCCAGGAGAAGUGCCCAGUCCAAGUGCAGGAGGUGAGUCUUCCUCAGUGUCAGGAGUUAAUCCAAGAAGACUGCCCACAGCAACGCCAAGAUCCGUGCCUACCUCCACGCCAAGACCAAUGCCCAGCUCCGUGUGUGGAGCCAUGCCAGGAGAUAUCCCAAGCAAAAUGUGUGGAAGUUUGUCCGCAGAAAGUCCCAGAGAGGUGCUCACCCCCUGGUAAGGGAAAGUAG